CGCGGAACGUUUCGCGCUUUCAUUUCAUUCGUCGCAGGUCUUCGUUGCCGUGUGAUUCGCCGGACGAUACCGUGUGCGUGAUGUCUGUACGACGUCCGUGACGAGAGAGAAAAAGCAAAAAACAAAAAAAAAAAAAAAAAAAAACUAAACACCGUGGCAAUUUAUGCAAACCGUUGAAGCGAAAGCUUCCGCAAGUCAAUCGAAUCCUCCUCGAUGUCAACGAUAGUCUCGAUCCUUUCUCAUUUUUUCUCGACGCCGCAUAUGUGCAUAACUUCACGCCCCGAUCGUUUUACUCAUGUGCUAGGCUUUAGUUAAUUCUCUGCUAGCAACCCAAAUUCGCCAUUAGCUCGCGGAAUAUUUUCGGCUAGAUACCAGGCUGCGUGCGGUUAUUAUUUCCACCUGGACGUUGCUUCGUUGAAAUGAGUGUAUACGCGAGCGGUAAAAUGUAAAUUGCUGCAUUUUUCUUCCGAUCUUCGUUGCGCCUCGUUACCGCGUCUUGAGGUGAACAUUUUCUUAUCGCGUAAAAAGAAAAAAUCCGACCGAUAUAUAUUUGUGUGACAAAUUGAAGAAUCGCACGAAAAUCAGGAUGAACGCGAUGGACAUCUUCGUGUUCGAUUCGUAAUUACGUUGGUGCUACGACAGAGAGAGAGAGAGAGAGAGAGAGGAAAGGACAGGGAAAUUGACGACGACGGAGCGAGCGAGAUCGAGAGGGACGAAAGAGCAAAAUGAGGGCCCCGUUGCUUCUCUUGGGCGGCAUCAUUGUACUGUCGCUCGCGGUGGCGAGGGCUCUCUCAUGUGUGUGCUCGCCGAUGGAGUGCGACGUCCUCACCGACGAGGAUUGCCCCGGAGGCCUCACCUGGGAUCCCUGCAGGUGUUGCAAAGUAUGCGCGCGAGUUGAGGGCGAGCCUUGCGGCGGUCUCUUUGGUUUUUCGGGGACCUGCGCCAUCGGUCUGCAAUGUGUAAUCAAGAAUCUGCUUGUGCAUCGCAGCCGCGAAAUAGACGAAGGUGUCUGCACGAAGAUCCCGGGCAGAUGGAAAAGACACUGUCCGAACGGGCCGAUAAUGUCCGAUCCCGGUUGCAACCUGGUCGGCGAGGGAACCGCGGCCGGCGGAAAUGCGGCGGCCGCCGGCAAAUGC